GUAUGCGAGUUAGAAGAGAAGAAUUUGACACGUAUUAUUUGAGGUUAUGCUGUAAUAAACUUUAGUUUUUAUAAAAUACAUGAAAAAUCUAAAUUAAUAUAAUGUCUGUUAUUGAAAGGGUGAGAAUAUUAGUUUUAGGCGAUUCAGGUGUAGGUAAAACUUCGUUUGUGCAUUUAGCAGCUCACAGUGAGCCUCUUAAAUCGCCAAGUUGGACAGUUGGCUGUUCUGUUGAAGUUAAAUUACACGAAUACAAAGAAGGUAUGAAAGAACAAAAAACAUUUUUCCUAGAAUUCUGGGAUAUCGGUGGUAGUCAUGCCCAUAGAAACGCUAGAUCAGUAUUUUACAAUCCUUGCCAUGGUGCUAUAUUAGUACACGAUUUAACAAAUCAAAAAUCUGAAAGGAAUCUACGUAAAUGGAUCAAAGAGAUGAGUAGGAAUAGAAGAGAAACAAAAGACUCGAACAGUUUAAACGUUCCGUUAAUGACUAGUCUAUCAGCAAUGGACAACUUUGACCAAGAAAGUUUUAUAGGGCACAGUUCAAUACCAUAUAUUGUCAUUGGUACAAAACUAGAUCAAGUUGAUGAUAGAAAGACGCGUCAAGAACAUAUGGCAAGUCACUUAGGAUGUGAUGAAAUUUUGAUGGAUUGUCGACAAACUAGGUAUUUGGCAGCAGGUACUUCAAAUGCUGUGAAGUUGUCAAGGUUUUAUGAUAAAGUUAUAGAAAUGGAGUUUAGAAAUAACAAAGACUCUUUUACCAAAAGAUUUGGUGAUUCAAUUUCUCCCAUUUUAUCUACAAAAUUUUAUUCUCCCCAUCAAGACUAAUUAUACAAUACAUAAUCAUUACUGUACCAAUUUAUUCAGAAAUCAAACUGAUUCAAUAAUAUUAACAUAUUUUUGUAUUUAUUGUUUACAUAUAAAUGAUUUUUAUGGACAUGUCACUUCUCUUUAGUAUAAAUUUAACCUGUAACUGGUGAGGUGACCUUUUUGUUUCAUAACUGGUAAAGUGAAGCUCGACAAUCACAUAUCUGGCAUCAAUUUUUGGAUAAUUUUACUCAUUAAAUUCAUUAUAGUUAAAAUUAAUAUUAAAAACAAAACAAAUUGCAAUAACAAGGCUUUAUUUUUGAACAUUGAAAAAUACACAAUAAAAACUAUCUAAUAGUAAAAGUAGUUCAAAUAAAUAAUAAAAAUAGCAGAAAUUCUAUCUAGUGAUCUAAUAAAUGCAAAUAAAACUUAUUUAUAGUAAAAUUUAUUUUAGAGUUUAUUGAGCGCAAUCUAGAAAAUUACCCACAAUGCAAUUGCCAUAAAUGAAAGUGUGGCAAUCAGCACACAAAAACCUGUAAUACAACAUGCAAGCAUAUUCCCCAAUAGAGCAUCCUUGGCUAAUUAUGAAAAUUUUUUGAAAAACACAGUACAUUGCAGUGGUCUUAUCAUUCUUUUUUCAUUGAUUUUUAUCUGCAGUUUUGUCAAAAUGAAGGUAUGUUAAAAACUAAUUUCUGAGACCUUUUGAUCUGUUUAUGUUUCUAAAUGUUUUUGAUUUUAGGUCUCUUCUGUUUUAAAAUUUGAAAGGAACUAAUUUUAAAUCAGAAGAGAUCUAAAAUCAAGGACAUUUAGAAGCAUAAAUUUCCAAAACUCGUUACAAUGACAUAGUGCUUCUGAAAAUGUCACGUUCGGUACCAUCUGAAACAAACAGUGCUUCUAGGUCCUUAUUAUUGGAUUUGAAAAUGUAUGUAUAUAUCAAAAUACCAAAAAGGCUCUGAAUUUUACAAGGGUUACAUUGUGCGUGUGAAGAUUUAUUUCAUUCAACAUUUCUUCAUUGAACAGCAACUCCUAAGAAGAAAGUUAAGUACAAUACUUUCCUAACUUUUUUGUAGAACCAAUAUUGCCUGGAAGAUGCGCGAUAAUAUUGUGAGUGCUUGUAAGCAUUAGGAGGUUCUACGGAUUAUUUAAAAUUAUGAAUCUUGAUAAUUCAAAGAUGAAAUUUGCUAAGAUUCAACCUCAUUAACUACUGAGGGACAGCUCUAUUUCAGAAUUAGUUUCAUUGUGUAUUAUGUUCAAAAUUGUUACUUUUGUCACCAUUUUUCAAAACGGGAGUCAUCUGUCUUCAUUUGAGUAGUCAAAGAUUUCGAAGUCAUAAUCCAAACGCAAAAACAAAGUCGAUAAACAAAAACCCACCUCAUUAAUUACUGGUUAAUUAGAAAAUAUGGGAAGCACAAUACUGUUGAUGAGAUAUACAUCUUGUGUAUUACUGAUUUCAAAGAAACCGGUUUCUUAUCUAUUUUACCUAAGACAAUUAACAAGAAAUCAUGCUUAACAUAUAUCUUAUGUAAUAUUUUUAUUUUAAAAACAUACUUUAUAAUUCCAUGUAUUAUUAAAAUUAUUUAUUAAGAAAA